AUGACGCAACAAUCAGAACAAUAUGAAGUCAGCGAAGAAGAAUGGAGUGUUUAUAAUAUAAUACAAGGACGUGGUACUGGAUUUAUAGAUGAUAUUAAAAUUUCUGAAUUGGUUAAUAAGUCACUGCUGGGGGUCAGUUGGGGCAAUUUAAAAGAAAUAUUAAAUAAUUUAUAUGCAUUUGGAUUAUUAAGAAAAAAACAAACUAAUGAUGAUAGAUGUUUAUAUCAAGCUCGACCUAAAGAAAUUUAUAGCAAAUUACAAUUUCUUGAUAACCAAGGAUAUGAGAUUUUCGAACUUAUAGAAAAUUCAGAGAGAAGAGGUAUAGCAAAAUCAGAAAUUCAAAAACAAACAAAAAUAGUAUCAUCUAUUAUUGAUGAUUCAUUAAAAAUGAUGCAAGAACAAAAAUUGGUCAAAGAAGUUAAACCAAAGAGUAAGAAAUUAUAUAUGUUAUAUGAUAUCAAACCAGUUGAUGAAUCACUUAGCAGAUUAUUAUAUACGAAUGGUGAAGCAGACACAGUUGUAGUAGAGGCUUUGAAAACACUAUGUUAUAAUUUAGUUCAUCAUAGGAGUUUUCCUAAAAGUUCAAAUGAUGAAGGUAUAUUCAUUCCAGGUUAUACUGGAUAUCCAACAUUGGAAAAGAUUUUGCAAUGUGUACAAGACGCAAAAAUUACAGAUAUUGAAGUUGAAGAGUCUGAUAUAAGACAAAUUCUUGAUCUAUCUUUGGAAAAUGCAUGGACUCAAAUACCAUGUGGCAGAUGUCCAAAUGAAUGUUCAGAGGAUGGAGAAAUAUCACCAUCUAAUUGUAUAUUUUAUCAACAAUGGUUGGCUAAAGGAUUGAAUACAAUUAAUGACAAAAACAAGAGAAAAGAUGAAGAUUGGUAA